AUGGAAUGUGCAGCAUGGAAAAAUUCUGUUCGUUUUGUUCUCCGUCUAUGGCUGGCGUCUGUGCUAAUUUGCAUUCCCUUUGUCGUUGGGCAAGACACUAAUGGACUAGACGGGCUGAGAUUAGGAUAUUAUUCCCCUUCACCGCAAGAAAGCGAAACAAUCCUGAUAUCUCCUGAUGGCACAUUUUCUGCUGGGUUUUAUAAUGUGGGCAUCAACGCCUAUGGUCUGGCUGUAUGGUAUUCUCUUACACCCAAGACGGUGGUGUGGAUGGCCAACAGAGAUCAACCCGUCAAUGGACAGGAUUCCUCUCUCCGUUUUCAAAUAGAUGGUGACCUCCUCCUGGUGGAUGCAGGCGGAAUACCCAUUUGGAGAACUAACACCAAAGCCGUCGGUGUUAAGGAAGCUCUGCUUCUCAACACAGGAAAUCUUGUGUUGCGCAGUGAUUCUGAACAGAUAGUUUGGCAAAGCUUUGAUUUUCCCACUGAUACGCUCCUUCCCGAGCAGAUAUUCAAAAGGAGUAGUAAUCUUACAUCAAGAAUGGAAUUGGGUAAUUAUAAACCUGGCUACUACCGCUUCUACUUCAACGAUGACAAUUACCUGGCGCUCAUUUAUGAAGGUCUGAAACUGUCCAGCAAGUAUUGGCCUUCUCAACCGAAUUAUGCAUUUGGUGUAUUUGACAUCGGCAGAACCACCUAUAACAUUACUCGCCAGGCUUUUCUUGAUCGAGCCGGUCGCUUCACAUCAAGCGAUAAGUUCAGUUUUAAUGCCUAUGAUUAUGGAGAAGGCCCCCUCAGAAGAUUGACACUGGAUAUUGACGGAAACCUGAGAUUAUACAGUCUGGACUCACAGAAUCUCACCUGGGAGAUUACGUGGGUUGCUCUUGCCAAACAAUGUGACGUCCACGGCCUCUGUGGAUUCAACGGUGUGUGCACAUAUACACCAGAGCCCAAGUGCAUCUGCCCGCCUGGUUUUGAAAUUGAAGAUUCAACAGACUGGUUCAAAGGCUGCCGGCUCAUUCAUAAUUUCUCCUGUGCCCUAAAUAGUGCUCAGUUUCUCCGGCUUCCUUACACAGAUUAUUAUGGUUACGAGCGGCCUGGGCAAUCAUACGGGGUAUCGCUCCAAGUGUGCAGAAAGAUAUGUAUGGAUGACUGCCUUUGUUUAGGCUUUGUUUACACAACUACAGGAACAGGAGAAUGCUUCCCAAAGUACCUUCUUACGAGUGGAUUGCAAUCUCCCAAAGUAGCUCGUGACACGUACAUCAAAAUAUCUGCCAACGAUUCUUCAGCGAGAAACGUCUCAUCUAUGUUGAUGCUGAUACGAUCGGGCUCAUCACAGUGUUCUCCUGAGCCCCGACUGCAGCAACAAAAUACUUUGUCUGGCGUUUCAAAGAAAGGAAGAAGUCGGAUAGUUACUGCCACGGCAUCUAUUCUUACGGCUAUUGGGGUUACAGAGAUUGUUUGCAUAGCACUCGGAUGGGGGUUUCUCUUGCAGAUAUUUCGCAGUCCUAGCGUCCAUAAUUACCAAGGUUACUCUGCUGUUCCCGGAGGACUUAGAAGGUUCAAGCUUUCAGAUCUUAGGCGGGCGACUAAAAAUUUCAAGGAUAGUGUGGGAAAGGGUGGAUUUGGGAGCGUCUACAAAGGCCUCCUCCUUCUCGAUAAUAAAUUGGUGGCAGUGAAGCGAUUGGAAGGAGUGUCUCAAGGAGAAGAUGAAUUCCGAGCAGAGUUGAGCAUGAUUGGGCGAGUAAAUCACAUAAAUUUGGUUCAAAUGCUUGGAUAUUGUGCCGAGGGUGAUCAAAGGUUGUUAGUUUAUGAAUAUGUUGAGAAUGGUUCUCUGGAUAAUUACCUGUUUACUCAAGACAGCUCAAGAAUUCUAGACUGGAACAAGCGGUUUCAAAUUGCAGUGGACACGGCAAAAGGUCUGGCUUAUUUGCACGAGGAUUGCCUUGAAUGGAUUCUCCACUGUGACAUCAAGCCAGAGAACAUUCUUCUAGACAAGCACUUUCAUGCAAAAGUUUCAGAUUUUGGAUUGUCGAAGCUGGUAGACAACGGGAAUGAAAAUGACAGGAAAAUCAGCGCACUCGCCUUCUCUAAAAUACGAGGGACGCGAGGGUAUCUGGCGCCCGAAUGGACAAUGAACUUUCCAAUCACAGCAAAAGCAGAUGUUUACAGUUUCGGCAUUCUUCUCUUGGAAUUAGUUAGCGGGCGGAAGGGUGCUGAAUUUAAUGUGGCUGGAAGUAAUUUUGUGCAAUGGGCUUUUGACAAUGUUAGAGAAAACAGAUGGAGGGAGAACUUGGUCGACCCCAAAUUAGGAGGGAGUGAUAUGGAGUGGAAACCAAUGGUGGAAAUGGAAAGGGUGUUGAAAACAGCACUGUUGUGCAUUGAGCAGGACAAGAAUAAGAGGCCUUCCAUGAGUCGGGUCGUCGAAAUAUUGAUGCUCCCUAUUAACACAGACGACAGUGAUCUACAACUGGAAAUGGAUACUGAUAUUGCUAGAUAACUGAUGCUGAGCACGCAUCAGCAUGAAAAAUAUAGAUAGAAAGGAUAGAAAGAAGCUAUUAAAUAAAGAAAGCUCUUUUAGCUUUACUCCCUGUUUUAUUAGAGUUUUCU